AUGCUUCGCCUGGGAGAUGUUCGCGGCGAUGGUGGUGACCGCGACAAGGAUCGCCAAAGCGAUCAUGAUCGUGAAGCUGCUCGACGCCACAGUGAUCGUAUGCACGAUGUCACGCAGCUCAACUCUAGUGGUUCUGCGGAGCCAGGCUGCCAGAGGGGUCUAGGAAUGGAUUCUACAUGCAUCAGCUGCGCCGUCAUCCUGCUGAUCGUGAGCAGCAUGGUCCUGCUUGCCCUGGAGGCGGACUCCUGCGCGCGCUACGGCCUGCACGAUGUUCCCGACUUCUUUGUGUGGGCGAAUCUUGUCGUGUUCCUUCUCUUCACCCUUGAGAUGGGUGUCAGGUUGCUCAAAUCUCCACGCCCAGACGUGCUCUUAGUCUCGGACCUGGUGGUGAUCUGCAUGCAGGGAGUGGAUGUUGGCGUCUCUAUGGUAGCCAGGCUCGCAGCUGGGAGCGAGGUUCAUGCCACGGCCUACUUGCGCAUCGCCCAGUACCUGCGCUGGUUUCGCAUCGUGCGCUGCCUGCGAUUCAUCCCCGCCUUCGCAAGCAUGAAGGUGCAGAUGGACCUCAUCAAAGGGGCCGUGGUACCCCUCCUGUCGGCAGUGUUCGUGCUGUUCUUCUCGAUCUCCACCGUCGCCACUUUGGUAACCGCAGUGGUUGCAGACGCUUGUAGGCAGCAGCCGGACGUGGUCGAGUCCUGCGGGGAGCACUUCGAAUCGAUUUGGGAGAGCAUGUACAACGUCUUCAUGGGAACUUUCGGGGGCCUUGACUUUGAUGACCUAGUGAGGCCAAUUCGAUCCGUCAGUCCCCUCGCCUGCAUCAUCAUCAGUGUGUAUAUGACUCUGAUCUAUUUGAUGAUGAUGACGGUGUUGACGGCUCACCUAUGUCAAAAAGCCGUGGAGACAGCCAGCGCAGACCAGGUGGAAGGCCGGCUUAAGCGACUCUUCCGGGAGAUAACGAAUGGAAGAAAUCGGAUCAGCCUGGACCGGUUCACGGAAGCCCUCAAAGAUUGCAGGAUCAAAGAGCUCUUCGAGCAGCUGGACAUUUCGACGGAGGAUGUCCGGAAGCGGGCUCGCCGUCUCUUUAAGCUGAUCGACGAGAACCAGGACAAGGAUGUGGAGGAGAGGGAGUUUAUCCAUGGCAUCAUGCGACUGCGGGGUCCCGCGAAGAAUCUGAAGCUUUGGGAAGUGCAGUGGGAGAUGCAGAGUGAACUGUCUCGGAUUCGGCAUGACCAAAGCCAGAUCCGGCUAGAACAGAGCGAGACCCGCAAGAUCUUGGAAAGAGAGUUCCGUAGGAUUUUGGAGAGAUCUUGA